AUGUCGACCAGCGGGGAGGUUCUCUUGUCGCCACUCCUGCCUGUCACUGUGGAUGAUCAUGGUGCGUGGGUUAUAGUCGUGAGUACGAUUCUGCUUAUAAUUACUGCUCUCGCGACAACGGUUACUUUCAUAUCACGUAUUCGCAUUCUUCGAAAACUAUCUUGGAGUGAUUCGGCUGUCUUUUUGAGCUUGUUCUUCUUCAUUCCUCAGACCGCGUGUAUCAAUAUUGCCAGUUUCCAUGGAAUCGGAAAACAUCGACACGCAUUGAGCGAUCCCUCGUUUGAAGUCUACAGCAAAACCGUGUUCGCUAGUCAACUUCUCGCUGUCGUCGUACUCAGUUGCUCCAAAACCGCCGUCGUUCUCCUGGUGCUAUCCUUGCAGCCAUUCGAGAAAAUCACGUUUGCAUGCAAGUCAAUUUUGGGCAUGAUUGCUGCAUGGACCCUGGCUUCACUCGUCGCACUCGGAACACAAUGCAACCACCCGCGGCCGUGGAUUUCCAGCCCCGAUAGAUGUGUCAACCAAUAUGCGCUUUACAUCAGCCUAGGGGCUAUUCAUAUGAUCCUGGAUUUGAGUAUUAUCGCAUUACCAAUGACGCUUCUUCAUCAAGUCCAGAUUAUACAAUGGAAACGCCAUCAGAUCUCGGCCCUCUUUGCAACGCGCAUCCUAGUGAUGGCUCUGACUAUUGCCGGCCUACGAUCCCUCCAUCCAAUUUUCAAAUCAAAACACCCAGAUCGACCAUGGCACAUGGUCAUGCAGGCAAUCUGGCUCCAACUCAUACUGAGCUCGUCAAUUCUGUGCACAUGCAUUCCAACUCUGAAACGCGUCCUCGCGGAUCUACAAACAGGCAUGAUGGCAGGCGCCGUAUCCGAGUUUUUCGAACAAUCCGUCUCAGGCCAUACCAAUACGGGAUCUCACUCGGGUUCAAAAUCUGAUAGUGGCAUUGGACAGGGAUCUGCGAGUUCAACACCCCACUCGCGACCCCGGAGAGAUUCCACUGGCGUGGAGCGUGUGGACAGUCAGGCGAUCCUGCGUGAUCAUGCAAUCGUGCAGACUAUCGACUACGAGGUUCGCUACGAUGGUAAGCCGACUAGGGUUUCCAGUCACUAUGAAAGUGAUUCAAGUAUACACAUGGACUCAGACACCCGCUGA